AUGAGCCAGCGCAAGAGCGCCGCGCAGACUUGCGACAAAAGCCCACCCGACGCAGGAGUUGAUCUGAACCGCAAUUACGAUGUCUACUUCGCGAUCAAAAGCAAGGGCAGCAGCGAUGAUCCGUGUGGUGAUGAUUACAAUGGGCCGACCGCCGUCUCAGAGCCGGAGACGCAAGCUGCUCGCGACCUGCCAAACAACUCGGUGUUUGGGGCACUGGCUCGCGAGCUGGCGCAUUUCAACGGAUUCGGCUAUGUUCAGUCGUGGAAGGAGAGCAACCUGUACACCGUGAACGGCGAGACGAGCGGCUGGAUGUGGCAAGCGCACGGUAUUUUCGCCAUGUCCCCCGAAGUGGUGCCAGCAUUUGAGGUGUCGUCUGUCCCCAGAUCACAGCGUGAAGACGUCUCUCACCUACCACUUGCGCGCAUGGCAGGACUCGUGUACUAUCUGGCUCCUGAAGAGAGUGCAGCUAGGAGCGAUCGCGGACGGCGACUCGACGACUUCGUUCUUGCCUGUGGGGUGGCAGUCUCGAACAGCGGACUUCGACCUGCGUCUGCGGAGUUGUUGGGAUCUGUUUAUGUGAACGGAACGGGUGCCAGUGACGUUGUACAUCUUGAGCUCAAGGCAGAGCCGGAGGGUUUACUUCGAACGGUCUUAGCUGCCAUCUCUUCCGUGCCGGACGCAGUCGUCUUGAAGUCGGUUCGCACUCGAGAUACCGGCUUGUCGACGAUUUCUGAACCAGCAGACUCCACUACGAUCGGCUCCGCGACUCCUGCUGCAUCUGUUCCAGCUCCUACUAUCGAGUCCAGCCCCACUGCCACCGCUGCCAAUACCAAUGUCAGAUCCAGCGGCAGCAUUUCAACGGGAGCUGACUACGAGUUCAUCAUCAAUUCUGCCCUCGUCUGUGUCGUGGUCGGGUCCAGUUGCGAUGGCUUUGCUGUUACUGGUGGUGGUUGUGCUCUUCUUCCGCCGUCGUUGCCGGCGAACCAAGUAGAAACCUGCCAGGACCAAGGCACCCAGGAGACAAGCAACUCACCUACGACGAUGACGACGAAGAGUUUGAUUUACUCGACGCAGAAUGUGGAGAGAGAGGCCUGUCACCUCAAGAUGAAGACGUGGUGGUGUCCAAGGAUCGCAACAUCUCCUUGUAGAACGUCGAAGGCAUUGCGUUCGUCUGACGAAGAGGUGGUCCAGAACCUGGAGGCUAGACGUGGUGGAAGGUUUGCAAGGACAACAACAACGGUGGCAUCUUAUUCAAAAAUAUCCUCUAACCUCUCCCUCUGCUUCAGUCAUGCUUGGCUAGAUCGGAUGGUCCCGCAGUACACGCAGUGGUGGCGCUCGACUGCUGGAUCCAACGCCAACAACGACGACUAUCGCGCAGUUCUACAACAACUCGCAGACGCUACAGGCAGCCAGCAAGGUGGCAAUGGACAUCCUCUCGCAGAACCUGAAAUCUACCUGGAUAUGGGGUGCUGGACGCUCUCCGACGAUGACCAGGCGGCCGCUGUCGCGAAGAUUGUCAACGCCGUGGACCCGAGCUACAAGUGCAAGGGCAUCUCGCUCAACACGUCAAACUAUCGCUCCAACGCGGAAAUGGCGGCUACGUGCGAGCGGUUCGUCAAAGCCAGCGGCCGCGAGUACAAGUGCAUUGUGGGCACGUCAGGCAACUUCGUGAGUCCAUCUACCACUGAGCGAGACCUCGCACGAGCGAGCGCCGUGUCCGGGGUAAGGAGGCGCCAACCACCACGAAUGCGCUGCCUGCCCGAAAGGCUCGGCCAUGUCUUCCUCACUACUUUGGUGAAGAAAUGGCCGAUUAUUUUCUCGAGGGACUGCGGACUGCUGGCUGCUAACUGCUGGCUGCUAACUGCUGGCUGCCCCCACCCGACGGACGGACGGACGGACGGACGCCAUCCAAUCGCACUCGCCGUGUUGUGGAAAUAA